CCGCCGCGCCCGUCCCUGCCGGCCCUCCGUGAGCGCCUCCGCCGGAGCCUCGGCGUCUCCACACGUCUUCCCCGCUCGGGCUCUUCGCUGGCGGCGCCCCCUUCGCCUUGGAUCAUGUUCAAGAAGUUUGACGAGAAAGAGAACGUGUCCAACUGCAUCCAGCUGAAAACCUCCGUUAUUAAGGGGAUUAAGAACCAGUUGAUAGAGCAGUUUCCGGGCAUCGAGCCGUGGCUCAACCAGAUCCUGCCCAAGAAAGACCCGGUGAAGAUCGUGCGCUGCCACGAGCACAUCGAGAUCCUGACGGUCAACGGGGAGCUGCUGUUCUUCAGGCAGCGCGAGGGGCCUUUCUACCCGACGCUGCGGCUGCUGCACAAGUUCCCCUUCAUCCUGCCGCACCAGCAGGUGGACAAGGGCGCCAUCAAGUUUGUGCUCAGCGGGGCCAACAUCAUGUGCCCCGGCCUGACGUCCCCGGGCGCGCAGCUGUACCCCGCCGCGGUGGACACGGUGGUGGCCGUCAUGGCCGAGGGCAAGCAGCACGCGCUGUGCGUCGGCGUCAUGCGGAUGUCCGCGGAAGACAUCGAGAAGGUCAACAAGGGCAUCGGCAUCGAGAACAUCCACUACUUGAACGACGGGCUGUGGCACAUGAAGACGUACAAGUGAGCGCCCGGGGGCGCCCCGGGCCGGAGCCGGGGGCGCGGUGCUGUGUCUGUGUCUGUGUCCGCGUCGCGGCGUGAAGGGCCUUGCUCCGCGCCCGCGCACGUGCUCGGGGAAGCGAAACCCAAGUAAAGAUUUGCAAGGA